UGUACAGAGGGUUAUGAAAAAGUGCCUAAAAUAUUAAAAAGUUGUAAAAAAUGUGUUUCGGCUCUACUAGGGGGUCCACUAAUGGUUAAAAUACCCUAUGUAGCUCAUCAUUAUGGGAAAUCUACUUAACCGAUAUGUCAAGCUCAUAGAUUCGUUUAUUCUUUUAAUUCUUCAUCUGUCUGAUUGCGAUCGGGCUAAGGCGCCAGUCCAUCCCACUCUAACGUUUGGGGGGCAGCGGGCGAUUGUCGGGCUUCGCCAGGGCCAGUUAAGACGCUUAACCAAGACACGCACCUUAAAAAUUUCCAUUUUUAUGUUGCACACUCACACCAACAUAAUUUGCGCUUGCCAGCACGCACAUUGCCUCAGCUUUCGUAACGCGCAAACUGUCAAAAAAAAUGUUGUUGCUUUUGUCAAACGUGUUCAAUUUUGUUGGUUGGUUGGUGCUUUUUCGUUGCCGAUUAAUUCGAAUAAUACGUGAAUUGAAGUGGGUCUCGUGGCGCAGGGGUAGCGGCUUCGGCUGCCGAUCCCGAUGAUGCUAUGAGACGCGGGUUCGAUUCCCGCCUUAUCCACUGAGCUUCUAUCGGAUGGUGAAGUAAAACGUCGGUCCCGGUUUCUCCUGUCUCGUCAGAGGCGCUGGAGCAGAAAUCCCACGUUAGAGGAAGGCCAUGCCCCGGGGGGCGUAGUGCCAAUAGUUUCGUUUUACGUGAAAUUGAAGGUAAAUUAUAGUUUUAAUUGAUCAAAUAACACAUUCUCAUGAAAGAUUCAUUUCCCGGCAACAGGUUUGUUAUUUCUCCAGCCUCUGAAACAACCACUGGGGACGACUUAGCAGCUUCCUCUUCCGCCACCUCUUCCAAGCGGCGCAUCGCUGGUAUCUCCGACUUCCAAAAUGGUCACGGUGGCCCUGACCAAGCUACCGGCAACAAUGGCGCCCAAUCCGGAUCGCGCUUCAGCAAGUGGUUCCGCCGUGGUGGGGACAAAAGUAGACCGGGGCGAACCAAGCGUUCCUAUCGAACAACGAUGCCUUCAGCUUCCCCCAGCAGCAGAACCACGGUCCAGAAGAAUGUUCAAGCGCCUGUUCGACAUGGUGGCCCAUGGUCCCCGGAAAUUCCGUCCCAGCAAGAGCUGCAGUUCCACACCCAGAGCAUUACACAGAACGCGCUGUUGCGCAAAAAGCUGAAAUACCGGCCAUUGCGCUCCGGCCAAAUCCGCCCGUCCAGCAGUUCGUCCAGGACGCCGAAGCAAACAAAUUCUUGGGGCCGUUGACUGUCAACUCAAUGUUCCCCGACGGAUCAACCGCGGCCGAGCUGCCCAACUCGCUGCAGCAGAUGCUGCGUCUCAAGCAAAUCCCAGGGACUUCACAAGCCGGGGUCUGUUCGGCAAGAGUUCUUUCACCUGGAACCCCAACUAAUUGUUUUAAGUGCUACGCAUUUUUGUUUUAUUUUUUUGCUUCUUUUUUUAAGGUGAAUUCACUUCUCCCACCCUUUACAGAGCAGCCUAAAAUUGCAUAAAUAUUCAAAAACAAAAAAAAAUACAAAGCAAAAUAUAAAAAUACUAGAAUAUAGAAAACAAAAAUGCUAAAUACGAAGCACAAAAAUACUAGGAUACAAAGAUACAGAAACACCAAACUUCAAACAAACAGAAACACCAACAAACAAACAAUUCAAAAGUAGUAC